AUGAAUACUGCAUAUAAUCAACUCGCUAAAGAACAAAAAUUCUGGGAGGAACUUGUAAAUCUUAAUCUCAAAGAUGAAGGAGGAGUCAUUCAACUACCACCUAAUGUACACUUUUUAGGAAAUUCUACAAAACCCUCAUCACUUUAUAUUAGAAAGUGUUAUAUAGAACUUAAAGAUAUAAUCUUUAAAGAUUUUGAAGAAUAUGAAACAACAAAGACAGUCUUGGUUUCUUAUACAGAUCAAAGCAAGUAUAAACAAUUCCUAAAGGAUGCAAGUACCACAAAAAGAUAUCUACCACCUUGGGAUAAAAUGGAACUUGAUCGAGCCAGACCAUUAUUAUAUCCAUAUAGUAUUGAUCUAGAAGAUCCAGAGAUAGACACUCACAACUCUCUUCAAAUAUUUCCGAUAGAAGUGGCAGGUUUGGCAAAAUAUUCUCAGAUGGAAUUAAGGUUCUCAUCGAAAUACGUCGCUCAAAUUAUAGUACAUCAAGCAGUAUUAUGGAAUACGAAUAAAUAUCAAAUAAGAUGUCUCAAUACUGGUGAAAAGGGUGUUUUAAAAGUUGACAAACUUCCUUUCAUCAAUUUAAAUUCCUCCAAAUCAAACUUUGCAACAUGUCCCUAUCAAUCUUAUUUUCUCCCAAAAACCUAUUCAAACUUUUCAGUUAUCGAUAGUAUGAGCAAUCCUAAUAAUUUGAUAAAAGUAACAACCUCUUAUUCCAAUCCCAUAUUGAUGGAAGAGAUUUUAGAAAUGAUCUACCAACUUGGAACGACCCCACCACAAACCAAUCUUUAUUUUGUUGUUCCUGAUGACAUGUUUAAUGAUUUCAAAGUACAAGAAUACUCUCUUUCAACAAAAAACUACUCUGACAAUAUUAUUAAAUCAAUUACCCAAUAUGUUCUUUGUUUCUCAUUGGUCAGUCAAUAA